CCAAACAUCCUAGUCCCACAUCGAUCCCAAUUCACAUGUAUUAAAACGUGCGAGUACCGACUACUACUGAGCCCUAACCUUCUUGUUCUACUGCUCCCAAAAUCCCUACUAUCUAUGGCCUCUAGCUCCUCCGGGAAACACGGAAUUUAUCGUGGAAUCCGGUGCCGGAGUGGCAAAUGGGUGUCUGAAAUCCGAGAACCGCGCAAAACUACGCGUAUAUGGCUCGGUACGUACCCCACGCCAGAAAUGGCUGCUGCUGCCUAUGAUGUGGCUGCCCUAGCCCUAAAAGGUAGUGAGGCUGUUGUUAACUUCCCUGCCUCCGUUGCUUCGUAUCCGAUUCCCGCAUCAACGUCGUCGGCCGAUAUAAGAAAAGCAGCAGCAGCCGCCGCUGAGUCACUGAAAAAGUCUGAAAAUAAAACUAGCGAGUCUAAUCUAGUAGAGGCAGUUCAACAUCAUGAGGUCAAAGAUGUGGAAAUUAGUACAGAAGAAUAUGUGGACGAGGAUAUCCUUUUGAACCUGCCCAAUCUGUUGGUGGACAUGGCGGAGGGACUGCUGGUGUCGCCGCCAAGAAUCAGCUCAGCGCUUUCCGACGAUGACUCGCCGGAUAGUUCUCAAGGGGAAAGCUUGUGGAGCUAUUAAAAUGAUCCAUUUGUCCAAUAACGCUGCUAGCUGCUAGAUAUCAUAUUUCUGAUCUUUUGAUUUUAACUAUAUGUGGGCGGACCUGUAACUUUGACAAAAUGAAGAAAGAU